AUAAGCCAAUGGUGACAAGCAAGCAGACAGUAAAACCCCUGCAAACCAUGAUGCGGUAUCUCCCGGGUUCUUUCCUUAGUAUUUUAAAAACCUCUCGAGGAUAUUAUUGUCGACGUUCAUAUGGAGUACUCACCGGACAGCAGUACACAAGCUCAGACUCACAGCAGUACGAUGGAAGGUUGUAUCCAAGCCACAUCCCAACAAGCUCUGUCCAAAAGGCUAUUUUGGCUGUAGGUUCUGGAGUGGCUGCUCUAAAGAAUCCCUACAGACAUGAUAUGGUUGCUGUGCUCGGGGAAACCACAGGGCACCAGGCCCUGAUCAAGUUAAGAGAUCGGAUGAAAAAUGACUCUGAAGGUUGCACUAUUCUUGUAGAGCGUCCAAGGAUCCGCUUAUCUACAUUAGACCUCACACAAAUGUCAGCUUUGCCAGAUGGGACUUUAGGAAGAGAGUAUCUCCGUUUUUUAGAAGAAAAUAGAGUCACCCCCGACUCCAGGGCUGAUGUGAAGUUUGUUGACAAUGAAGAGCUAGCGUAUGUCAUGCAACGAUAUCGUGAAGUCCAUGACCUGUUGCAUACCUUGCUUGGUAUGCCCACCAAUAUGCUUGGUGAGGUUGCUGUGAAAUGGUUUGAAGCUGCACAGACUGGCCUGCCCAUGUGUGUUCUUGGGGCAACGCUUGGACCCCUCCGAUUGUCUGUCAGUCGUCUACAGUUGCUGGUUCAGUCUCUGGGACCUUGGGCUCUGCGCAGUGGCAGUCGUGCCCGAUGUGUUCUGAGCAUCUUUUAUGAACGGCGCUGGGAGCAGAACCUCGAUGAACUCAGAGACCAGCUGAACAUUGAGCCACCCCCUCUCAAUCUGAUCCCAUCCAGCAAGAAUACUUCUUCAAACUCAUAGUACGGUCUACUCAUAGACGGUACCUGUCUAACUGAAAUAACUGUUGGAAAUUUUAGCUUGUUGUAGAGCCCCACAAGGAACCUACAUACAUCCCAUUGUUAACAACGAUCACCUUUCUUUUCCUUCUUCCUCCUACAAGGGGAAAUGAUGCCUAAAAAUAAAUGUCACGUAACGAGAAAAUACUAUGGCAAGCAUAGUGAAUUCAUUAGUUCAUUCAGGAAGAAGAUGAAGGAAGUUAUUCUGUUUAAUACUGAUGUUUAAUAAAAAAAAAAAUGUAAACAUCUAUUUGUUAUAGGGUAUUAAUACAAACCCCAUUUCCAGAAAAGUUGGGACAUUUUGUAAAAUGCAAUAAAAAACACAAUUUGUGAUUUGUUAA